GGGAGGGGGAAAGGAGAAAUGGUCUGCAGCUGCAAGGCCGCUUGAUCUCCAGAUUUUAGCUUAAGAGUGAGUUCAACUGGAGCAUCUUGGAGGACAUAAUCCUGAUUUCCCUGGAAUGGCUGCACACUGGCUGGUAACUCUGAGCUGCCUUGCCUCCUCGCUCCACUUUCCUGCAGCUGUUGGCACUCAACGAAGAGAAGCCUGUGAUUGCAGUGGGAAAUCCAGACAGUGCAUGUUCGACAUUGAGUUGCUCCGACAAACAGGAAAUGGAUACCGGUGCCUCAACUGCAUGGACAACACAGAAGGAGUUCAUUGCGAACGGUGCAAGGAGGGCUUCUACCACUGGCACCGUGGAGAUCACUGUAGGCCUUGCACCUGCAAUCCUAUAGGUUCUGUCAGUGUACAGUGUGAUUCCCACGGACAGUGCCAAUGCAAACCUGGUGUGACGGGUAACAAAUGUGACCAAUGCCAACAUGGAUUCCACUCCUUCUCAGCAAAUGGCUGCACUGCCAAUGGGCAAAUGUCGAUCUCCCAGUGUGAAUGUGAUCCAGCUGGCAGCACAGGUCAAUGUAUUUCAGGACGCUGUGUCUGCAAAGAGGGUGUUGCAGGAGACCAUUGUGACCGCUGCAAGCAGGGCUAUUAUAAUCUGGAUUCAGGAAAUCCAGAGGGCUGUUCUCGGUGCUUCUGUUAUGGGCACUCAGCUACAUGUUCCAGCGCAGAAAAUUACAGCAUCCAUAAAAUCACCUCUUCCUUUCAGCAAGGUGAUGAGGGCUGGAAAGCCAGAGUAAAUGGCUCUCCUUUGCCGCUCCAGUGGUCAUCACGCCAUAAAGAAAUUUAUGUGACGGCAAGAAGGCCAGAUCCCAUCUACUUUGCUGCCCCAGCCAGGUUCCUUGGGAACCAACAGUUGAGCUAUGGACAGGUGCUGUCAUUUGAUUAUCGCGUGAAUCGACCUGGACGUCGACCAUCGCAGUACGAUGUCAUCUUGGAAGGAGCGGGCUUAAGAAUUGCUGCCCCCCUCUUGCCUCAUGGAAGCAUGCUGCCUUGUAGUGCCAGCAAGACCUACACCUUCAGGUUGGAUGAGCAAGCAAAUAACAACUGGAGCCCUCAGUUGACUGGCAUAGAGUUCCGCAGAUUAAUUGGAAAUCUGACAGCUCUUUGGAUCAGAGCCACAUAUGGAGACAGCACAGGCUACCUCACGAAUGUUAUCCUGGUUUCGGCGCAGCCAGCCUCUGGCCCUCAGGCAGCCUGGGUGGAGCAAUGUUUGUGUCCAGCAGGAUACGAGGGGCAGUUCUGCGAGAGAUGUGCUCCAGGUUACAAGAGAGAGGAUUCUGCCAGACUUGGGGCUUUCAGCAAUUGUGUGCUGUGCAAUUGCCAGGGAGGAGGAACCUGUGAUCCAGAUACUGGAGAUUGUUAUUCAGGAGAUGAAAACAGGGAGCACAUUAGUUCUGCCUGCCCAACUGGCUUUUACAGUCCCCCAUGGAACCUACGGAGUUGCCAGCCGUGCCCGUGCCCGAGUGGCCAUGGCUGUUCAGUGCUGCCAGAGACACAAGAGAUUGUUUGUAAUAAGUGCCCUCCAGGAACCAGUGGCUCUCGUUGUGAGUUCUGCACUGAUGGCUAUUUUGGAGAUCCCUUGGGUGAGAAUGGUUCAAGACGGCCCUGCCAACGAUGCCAGUGUAGCAAUGUUGAUCCAAAUGCUUCUGGGAUUUGCGACCAUGUGACAGGGGAGUGCAAAUGCAAGGAUGGCUUCUUUGGAAACCCUUCUUCUCCCAAUCCAGCAGAGAAAUGCCAAGCUUGCAAUUGCAAUUCCGUGGGCUCGGAGCCCCUGCGGUGCCGUAGCGAUGGGAGCUGCAUUUGCAAGGCAGGAUUUGAAGGGCCCAGCUGUGAACAUACUCGCUGUCCAGCCUGCUACGGACAAGUGAAGGCACAGGUGGAUCAAUACCUUCAGCAACUGCAGGGACUAGAAGCCCUCGUGUCUCAGGUGCAGACUGGGGGAGUGCCUGGAGAUAACUUGGAGCUGGAGAGGAAGAUGAGAGAGGCUGAAGAGAUGCUCCAAGAAGUCCUGAGAGAAGCCCAGACUUUGCAAGCCACUGAGAGGUCCUUGGGGGGCCGCCUGUCCAAGAUGAAGGGUCAAGAGUUCACCUACCAGAGCCAACUGGAUGAGAUAAAUGAGACAGCCAACCGGCUACAGUCUUUGGGCAAUCGGUACCAGAGCCAGGUGCAAGACACCAGGAGGCUCAUCCAGGGAGCUCGCUUGGAUUUGGAGCAAAGCAAGGCCCAGUUAGGAGGCAUGAUUAUUCCAUCUUCGGAUCUCCCUGGAGGGUCAAACAGUUUUUUAAUCCUAGCCCAGGAAGCCAUGAAGUUAGCAGACAGCCACCUGCAGCUGGCGAAUACUAUUGAGCAAGCAGCCAGGGCAGCAGAAGAUGCCUCGAGCCAAGCGCUGGCUGUGGUGCAGUCAGCUGCGAGCGGGGGAGGGGUCCUGGCAAACUCUGUGCAAGGGCUCCGGAAAAAGUAUGAUGAAGUAAAGCUGCUGUCCAGUGAGCUGGAAACUGAUGCCAAUGGAGCUGCUUCGAGUGCUGACCAAGCCUAUCAGAGCAGCCAGCUGCUUUUCAGUUCCCUGGCUCGUUUACCAAAGGUUGACACCAGCAUUUUUCAGGAAGAAGCCAAGCAGCUGCGGCAGAAGGCCGACUCUUUAGCUGGCUUAGUGGAAAUUUUCAUGGCAGAAUAUAAGCAGCUGCAAAGCAACAUGGGGAGCAAGGAAGAAGAGAUCAAGGAGCUGCUGCAAAAGGGACAACAUGACAGACUGGCAUCGGUCCAGUUAUUGUCUCGUGCCAACCUUGCCAAGAAUGCAGCCCAGAAGGCACUGAGUGCUGGCAAUGCCACUUUUGAGGAAGUUGAUGGCAUCUUGAAGAACCUGAGAGAGUUCAAUCUGCAGGUAGGUGACAAGCGAAUGGAAGCAGAAGAGGCCAUGCGGAAGCUUCCUCUCAUAAGCAGCAUGGUCACCAGCGCCAAUGAGAAGGCCAGGCGUGCAGAAGAGGCCCUGGGCACUGCUGUUACUGAAGCAGAGGAGGCCCGAAGAAUGGCUGGGGAGGCAAAGGAGAUCGCAGAGGGCAUUGAUCAGGAAAUAGGAAGGCUGGCCUGGGAAGCUAACAGGACAGCAGAUGGAGUCUUGGCUCUGGAGAAGGGGAUCGUGUCUUUGCAGAGAGAGGCACAGGAAGUGGAAAGCGAAUUGCAGAGGAAGGGGCUGGAGGCUGACCUGGAUGCCACCAUGGCACAGGAAGCUGUUCAGGUAUCCCAGAAGGCAAAAGCAGAUGCGGUGAGUGCUGGAGGUGCUGUCCAAGGGGUGCUGAGCACCUUGGAAGAUGUUCUUCGGCUGAUGGAUCAGCCUGAGGCUGUGGACGAGGAAGGUGUGGCCAUACUUGAAAUGAACCUUGAUAAGGCCAGAAAAAGAAAUCACCAGUUGAAAGAACUGAUGUUACAGCUGGAGGAAACAGCCAGCCGUCAAAAACUUCGGGUCCAGACGCUAGAAAGGAGCAUCACAGAGAUUCUUGCAGAUAUCAAAAACCUGGAGGAGAUCCGUGAUAAUCUCCCCACAAAGUGCUACAACAUACAACCAAUUGAGAGACCCUGAAGACUCUGAGGGCAGGAUGAUAUGUAUUCUGUUCAUUCGGUCUUGGACACAAUAUUAGGGUUAGGCCAAUGGUUUGGGGUUAUAGAAGAGAUCCAGGCCUCCUAGAGACUAGCUGUAUGCAGCUCUGCUGAACAGAUUCUCUUCAGGCUUGGAUAACAAUUGCCUCAUUGUGGGUGGCAAUGUAACCAUGCCUCCAACAUUGGAAAAGUAGCUAUUCCAGAUGUCCUAUGUUGGGGUGCAGGAAAGAGGACCAGGCUGCCGGAUGAAGAAGCUGACCAUGAACAGCUUGGCAUGCAAGAGGCACGGCGUACAAGAGACUGUAUUACUCAAAAAUAUACCAGCAGACUGUGCCUUGCUCAUUGUGUGGAUGUGUCCAAAGUCUGUAGCGAACAGCUGGACCUUGAAACCUUCCCCACCGUAUUCUUUCAGGUUAUCCCAGCCUUAUUUAAUGUAACAAGAGGGAAGUCAUACUCUUUUAAAUUAAUUGUGCUCAGUUAUCUAUCAUUACCCUAGAAGGUCCUUCACUUUCAUGUCUCCCUCCGUCACUUUUCCAUCAGGGCCAGCAGCUUUCAUCACCCCAGCAACUUAGGGCCAAACUAGCCGUUGCAGUGUCUAAGGGUAUUUUUGAGCUGAACUCACUCAUUUAAAAAUGCUGCAUGCGCCCGAUCCUCAUCAGGCCUUUAGCGUGGCAGGAUCCACUCUUGUUCCCCUCUCCAGUGCUUUUUCAAGCGCCCAAACAGCUGGCAAUUGAAAAGGGGUGACAGCGGGGCAGGGGACAAGAUCACCCGGUCCCUGCCGUGCUGGAGGCCCAAUCAAAAUUGGUCCUGGUGGUAUUUUUAAAGGGCAGAGUUCAGCUCUAAAAUCCAAUUGGCUCAAUUCAGCUGUCCAUCUUAAGGACAAAGCAUUAUUUGCCACCAGGAUCGGUAAUGGUAAAAGGGGAAUGGGGUAUCUAGCUGCUGGGAUCUUCUUCAAAACUUCAUCUGACCCUUGAGUGGAUCAGUCAUCCUUGGCUACAGCAAACGGAUCUAGAAGAGAUUAUUCUAGUUUGGUAUAAUACUGCAAAAAGAAAACAAUGUCCAAUAAUGGCUUACACUGAGUUACACUAUCAUUCCUAGAUCAAUAAAGAUUAGCAGCUUCUUGCCGAGGCUUGGGCAGAGGUCUUUCCCAGCCCUAAGACACUGGGAGCAGAGGAUGCUACUAGGAUUGGACCUGUGACCUGUUAAUCCACUAUGGCAACAUUCAUAUGUAUUAGAGUUAAUACAUUGACGGACACUAUGACACUUGGAGGAAGUGAUGGUCUGUUUCCACAGCGAUUGUCCAGCUGAGCACUCUCAGAGCGGAACUACAAGUGACAAAAGGCACAGGUUGGACACUUGUCAGCUUCCCUCAAGUUUUGAUGGGAAAUGUGGGCGUCUUGGUCUUGCAGCUUGGCUCUCUGACUGCUGUCCAAUGGACUUUUCAACUGUCACUUGUCCAACAUUCCGCCAAGCUGCCUACAUUUCCCAUCAAAAUUGGAGGGAAGCUGUCAAGUGUCCAACCUGUGCCUUUUGUCACUUGUAGUUCCGCUCUCAUUCUGUUUCCACGCUACCCUUGCGAUGGAAGGACUAGAAAGUAGUUGUUAUGGCUCAAGUCACACAGAAAGAGCUUCUAGCCCAGAAGUAACAAAAGUGAAGGUCAACACAAAUCAUAUUAGCAUAAUUUUUCUUUAUUAACAUUAUCUUUAAACGCUUUGCCAGUUUUGAAUAUUUUUGUCUUUUUUUUUGGUCCACGACCACUUUAGCCACAAUGAUCUGUUCUCCAUGAAUAUCUGACAUCUUCAAAUAUGUUUCUCCCCUUUUUAUUAUUAUUUUUUUAAAAUAAAACAAAUACUAUGGUUUAAAACUGCAAGUUCAGUGACAGAAAAUAAAUGUCUUCCUCCCUGUGCAGCUAAACCCCAAUUCCUGUGGAGGUCAGAGGUUGAUGCUUUCUCCGACCAUUUCCACACCAAACCCACCAGCCCCCUCCCCCAUUUAUGCUACACCCCGUCCCCUUCCCACCCUCCCCCCAAACAUAAGCAUAACUGAGCACGUGAAGGCAAAAAAGAAGACUAAUUAAGACAUUAUUUACAUCAUCUGUACCACAAUGCUAUGUUCCUAAGGCAUGCUGUCCUAAACUGGAUGAAAUUGGAAAGUGGCCUGCUCACUGAUCUUGUGGCAUUUAUUCGUUCCGUUUCUCUCCUUUGCUAUCCUUGUUCCUGGUUCCCAAUGCAAACUGUCAUUUGAGCCUUUUGUUGUUGUUGGAAGGCCAU